AUGACAUCCACAAAGACGGAAGGCAUGUCAAUACAUUUUGGGCCUUUCGAGGUCACAAAGCAGGUGUUCCUCACGACACCACAUUCGUAUGCCCUCGUCAAUCUCAAGCCCCUCAUCCCAGGCCACAUCCUCGUGUGUCCGUUGAAGCCCCAUCCGCGCCUGACAGACCUGUCUCCAGCCGAGACGGCAGAUCUCUUCUGCACCGUCCAGCUCGCGCAGCGGAUGCUGGCGCAGAAAUACCUGCCUGAGCCCGGAAACCUGCUCUCGGGGAGCUUCACGGUCGCCGUGCAAGAUGGGCCCGACUCGGGUCAGACUGUCCCCCAUUUACACGUUCACGUGAUUCCUCGGAGGAAGGGAGACGUGGGUGACAGCCCGGAUGCCAUUUACGUCAAGAUGUCUAGUGAGGAUGGGAAUGUCGGCGGUGCCAUGUGGGAUCGAGAGCGUCGCCCCGCGCCCGCCGGCGGCAUGCCCAGGAUUGAGGACGCGGAUCGAGACUCGAGGACCCCGGAGCAGAUGGAAGAGGAGGCGGAGGAGUACAAGAAAAUUCUGAGAAAGCUGGGCGUAGCGUGA